AUGGCUUCAGUGACUUCGUUAGACAAGGACCUGCGCAAUAUGCGCCUGUCCCGCUAUACCCCGCAGGCGGCCGCGGAGGUGCGCGACUGGAUCGAGGAGAUGCUGCAGGAGAAACUGCCGUCGCCUGAUCUGUUGGAGGGCCUCAAGAGUGGUAUUGCUCUUUGCAAGUUGGUGAAUCUCGCCGUGUCACCAGGCGUGAAGUAUAAGUCACUGUCAGCGCCAUUUGUACAAAUGGAGAAUAUCUCACACUUCCUACGCACAUGCCAAACGCCUCCCCUCAGUCUACCCCCACAUGACGUCUUCUUGACAGUCGAUCUUUACGAAGCCAAAGACCCGGCGCAGGUUCUACAGUGCCUGGCGGCUUUCAGUCGUCGGGCGAAUGCAGUUGCGCCUAAUAAGUUUCCUCGCACAGUCGGUCCGCAGAGUAAGCGCGGCCUGAUCAGUCCGGACGCGACAGGGUCAUCGAGUGGAGGUUAUACCCCCCGAUCCGCUCGUUCCUCUAGCAAUGUCGGCGAUUCCGGACCUCCUCUUCCAGCGCGAACAGGCAGCCCUGCUAAGCCAUCCGGGUCAUACAGUUCUUGGGCUAAAAAGGGUGACGAACAAGGGACUACACCUGCUUGGAACAUUCAUCAGUAUGGUUACUUGGGUGGCGCUAGCCAAGGCAAUCAGGGUGUUGCAUUUGGUGCUCGUCGGCAAAUUACAACCCCCGGGCCCGCUGUUCCCAGCCUAGCGGAGAAAGAGAAGCGUAGGCGUGAGGAAGACGAAAGGAUUCGUCAAGAGAACGCCGAGAGGGAACAAGCAGAGCGGGCACGUCAACAGCAGGUACAGGAAGACGAGACACGGGCCAAAGCAGAGGAAGAACGCCGCUGGGAAGAGGAGACUGCUCGCAUCAGAGAACAGGAGCGCCUCAAGGUGGAAGCUGAGAGGAAAAAGUGGGAUGAAGAGAAACGCCAAUGGGAGGCGGAGGAGCAACGACGCAUAGCCGAAGAGAAGGAAGCCGAGGAACGACUUGAGAGCGAGCGUCAACAAAGACGAAGCCUCAAUGAUAACCGUCUCAACGGCCAGUUUCUGAGCCAGUACCAGGCCUCCAAUUCACAGAUCAGCGAUGCUUCCAGUGGAGUGCGGUCUGUUGAAGAAACACCGGAAAGUCGCCGCAUCAAAGAGCUUGAGCGCGAACUACAACUAGCCAAGGAUCGAGAGCGCGAGUAUGAGAAUGAGCGCCUUCAACCUCGUAACACCGGCGAACGGGCUCAGUCCCGUAGUCGAAGUCGCCCUCGUCCCGUGCCCCCUAAGCCAAGUUACGAUCUCUCCUCCCUCGAGCAAGAACGGCGCCUUCUGCGUACAGAGUGGCAAAACACUCAAGAUAUGCCAGCGACCUCUGAAGAGCCCGAGCCUCAGCCCAUGCAGGAACAAGCUCCACCACCACCUUCUCGUCCACUCCCCGAGCCAAAGCCAUCUGCUUUCUCUGCACAGCCUACUCUUCCACCCAGGGAACUGCCCCAGCCCCCUCGGCCAUUGCCAGACCCUGCAGCCUACAACGCGAAGCGGAACAGCGCAAACCGCGUGGACAACUUCCUCUCUUCCAACCCAGCACCUGCGGCCCCAGCCCCAGCAGCCCACCGAUUCCAAGACUACACCACCACAUCUGAAGUCGAUGCUGAGAAUAGCCGCCGCGAAGCCUCACAGCAGAAGACCAAGGCCGGCGGCUGGGCAUCCAAGUCUCUUCUUGAACGCGAGAUGGACCGCGAGCGUGCCCGCCAAGAGGAAUGGGAAGAGAACCAAAAGCAGACAGCCGCCGCGGCUGAACGUGGUGCCAAGGAUCCCACUCACGGUUCAGGUCCUGGUCAAUCCUGGGAUGUUCACCAAUAUGGCUACAUGGGCGGUGAUAACCAAAACCGCGGUGGAAUGGGUCUUGGUGUUGGUGGUGCCAGGCGCCAGAUCAUCGGGCCUCGACCACCCCCAUAA